AUGUAAGAACCAGAGCUUGCGCCGGAGCGCAAGAUGUGGCUUGGCACCCAAAAGGCCUGGGUGCGUGGGCCUGGACCUGCUGGACUGGCUGGACCCGGCAUGCGGCCAUGCCGUCUGGGCUUCUCAUCGGAGGGGCCCCCCUCAAAGUAGGAGGAGGCCCCCUCAUACUAUACUCAAAACCAAUACUUUGCUCCAUCACCGCGUACUCUAUAUCCGCAAAAUGGCCGGCGAAAAGAAAUGGAUUCCGCUCGAGUCCAACCCAGACGUGCUGAAUGAGUUCAUUUCCAAGCUUGGAAUUGAUGCCGCUAAAUACUCGUUCUCGGACGUGUUUGGCCUGGAUGAGGAGCUGCUGGCUAUGGUGCCCCAGCCCGUCGUCGCGGUGGUGAUGUGCUAUCCCAUUACGGACGAGUCGGACGCACUAGCCAAGACGGAGGACGAGGAGCAGGUGGCCAAGGGGGUGGCGGUGGACCCCCAGGUAUUCUACAUGAAGCAAACCAUCGGCAACGCCUGCGGCACCAUUGCGGUGUUGCACUCCAUCGGCAACAACCUGGAGCAGCUGAGCCCGGCUGCCGGCAGCUUCUGCGCCCAGUUCUUCGGCGCCACGGGCGGCAUGAGCCCGGCCGAGGUGGGGCGCUACCUGGAGCACCCGCCGGCGGGGGCGCCCGACAUCGAGGAGGCCCACCAGGCUGCGGCGGCGGGCGGUGACACGGCGCCGCCGGGCGCGGAUGAGGAGGUGAACCUGCACUUUGUGGCGCUGGUGCACCGCAACGGUCAGCUGUGGGAGCUGGACGGCCGGAGAGGCGCGCCUGUGUGCCGCGGCCCCUCUAGUCCGGACACGUUGCUGGCUGAUGCAGCCAAGGUGGUCAAGGACUUCGUCAGCAGGAGCAACAGCCUUAACUUCAACGUGCUGGCGCUGACGCAGACGCCCGCAGACGGCUAAAGCACCGGCAGCGGUGGCUGCGGCGCCCUCCAGCGCGCGGGAGGCCGGCUGACGGUAGCCGCCACUGGCGCGGCCCCUGGCGCCACUGUGCCGCUGCGCCCGGAGCUCGGCUGCGGCGCCCAAGGCGGGGGAGGUGACCACCGGGGAGCUCAGGAGGCGGCGGCAGUGGCGAGACGGUUGGGAGGCGGAAGGCUGCACGGGCGCCUGGCGCGUGCGGGGGGCUGCGCUGAGAUGGGGCAGGCGGUGCACGGUGUCGCUGGGGGGGGGGGGGCGGUGGCGCUAGCGGGCGGUACAGGUACAGGUGCAGGCGCUGCUUGGGCCGUGUGGUAGGUUGCGGCGUGAGAGUUCGUUGAUUGUUGCAGGGCCGCCAAGUUGGCAAUAGUGGUGUGGGUGCAGCGGCAGCUCUUACCGUGGACGUGGACGUUUAAGACGAGAAGAUGAGCAGGAGCAUGACGCCCCGGGCUUGAAGCGCGCUGGGAGCAUGACACCCCCGUCUUGUGAAGGGGUUUUAAGAUCGGAUGGCCUGUCAUAUAUUGAGGGCUAUGGCUGUGUUUUGAGGGCUGCCGAAGGUUCCGGACCGAGCACGAAGCUGGGAGGAGCCGGGUGGCGGGGCG